UCGUCGUGCGUGCACUCUCCGCCGGCUAGGUUGGAGCCCGCGGCCCAGCGCGUGAUGCGCGUCGUGCGCCGCGAACUCGUCGGCUCUAUGCGCGCCCGCAAACGCAGGCUUGAGUUGCGAGCGCGCUGCUGACAGCCUAGAAGACGGGACGCAUAGAUCGCGCUUUGGAAUGCCAGUGGUACGCAGCGAAAGCGUUCUGCAGUCCCCUCGCUUCGACGGAAUGCCCACGCUCAGGUCCCUGGGUGGCGCCACGUAGCGCUGGGCAUGCCGACGCCUGGUUGCAGCAGCAAUAGCAGCGAUGAGGGCAGCCAGCUGGACUGGGCCAUCGCGGGAUACCGAGCCUGCGCCCAGGAGGCCCUGCGGUUUCUCAUCGAGCAGGAGCAGCUGCCAGGCAACAAUCCCGUGGUGCUCGGCCUCUGGCGACACUUAGCCCUACAGGAGCUCACCAUGGACGUGGACUCUGUGAUGAGCCAGCAGGCGGCAGAAGGCGACUUGCCGUUGCACGUGCCGGCGGAAGACGAGGAUCCGUCCGGCAGCUCGGAGGAAGAAACUUCGCACCAGUUGCGUGGUCAGGGUCAGGAUCUGCUGAUCAGCCGCGACCCACAGCCUUCGAGCGACUGCCCGCAGAGCCUAGUCGAUACGCUACCUCCGGUGAUGCCGUCAUGCGUGAACAGCGCACCGAUUGCGAGAAGACGGACAUCUCCCACCGCAGAACUGUGCAGACGCGCGCAAGAGUAGUGACUGAAUGUGCGCGCUAAGCCGGUGAACAAUGACCUCUGCGGUCCCUAUUUCCGUCAGGCGUGUCACAGCGACAUAUAAGUUACCGAAUGCUCAAUGUUUAAACAGUUCUUACAUUUCUUUAUUAAGCCACGGAUCGCAAACAACUUUUGCUAUUAGGAAAGCAGUUUUAUUUAAUAAAUGCAGGUGCACUAUAAGAAUCCACGCUCAUUGUAUUCAAAUAUACUGUGCUGCUAGCGAGCUUUGCGGCUCAGCGCGAGACGCCGCAGAGAAGGUGGCGUCAUGGCUGAAUUCGGGUCUCCGUUUUGCCUACCGCAAUUGGCAUUUGUGCGGUUUUCUUGCAAAUUUAUAAUCUCCAUUUUUAUGGAACGCCUCGGCGUUAGAAAAGAGGCUGGGUAAAUUGAAAAUUUCCAUUGACGCGCGGAGCGACGCGAAUGUAAUGUACACACCUGAGCAAAAGUAUACGGACCAGAAAUUCCGCGAUAAAGUCGAUUUUCUUAUCCGCCUAAUAACGUAACUAGAUAUUGAAUCUUGGAGUACUAUUUUAGCGCAAACAGACGAGGACGCAAGCAUGCACAUGAAAGACACAGACACGGCGCUACUGUCUGCGCCGUGUCUUGUGUCUUUCAUGCCUCUUCUUGCAUCCUCAUCUGUAUAUGCGCUAAAGUAUUAGUCAAGAUGCCAUACCAACAAGCCGGCAUUGCAACACUAGUUGAAAUUGAAGACUGCAGUUCAAACUUGAGAUUUCUAACUUUACAGUGUAUUCGUCAAUUUCAGUUUGUGCGUCUUAAUUGCGAAGAAAUUCAGCUUUUUCGGCGAACCUGUGGUCCGUAUACUUUUCCUCACG